AUGUUCAAGCAGCUCAUGAAAAAUGAAAUGCAGGACACAAUGCAAAUCGUGCAUUCCUGCUGUAGCAGCGUCAGUCUGAGGCGACACGACGGCAGCUCCGCAACAGCCGGAGCCUGUCCAGAGGGUGAUGAAGACCUGGCCGGCAUGCGAGUUGGGACGUUGCAAAUGAUGCAGCAUGGAGUCGGAAGGAGGAUAAAGCAAGCUGGCCGGACCGACCUCAACCGGAAGAGCCGUCAAAGUGCAGCCUGGAAAGCGAGCCUAGAUGCCGAGGAUCCGACCAAGCAGGUGAAGCGUUCGAAUAUUGCAGAGCGACAGUUUUUAGCUACAGAUGGAGCUGAUGGUCAAACGGUCUUCCAGCGAGAGAGGAGUGCCGCAAGGAAUCGCUUGCAGAACAGUGUUGUGGCAGCUGCUGAAUACCGUGCCGGCCAACGCGAGCCGGCCACAGAUGAUCGUGACCUGGAAGAAAUUGAGCAGGACGUCGAAGAGGCCAUAAGUAUUGCAGUUGCCAACGGCGAGUUCGACAAUUUAGAAGGCGAAGGAAAGCCUCUCAAAAGCCUCCUCGGUGCUGAGAACCCAUACCUGGAUCCUGCUGAUCGCAUCGGCUAUGGCCUACUGCAGAAGCACGGAUAUGCACCGGAAUGGAUUGAGCAGCAGAAGCGCAUCCACCGUGAUGCGCAGCACUUUGCGAGGACCUUGUCAGAGGCCUGGACGGCGUCCAAGUUUGAGCCAACCGCGGCCUUCGUCACGCAAAAGGAUCGGUUUCGACAGGAGAUUGCGAAAUUGAACAAACGAGUUCGGGACUACAAUCUGAAUUGCCCGGCUUCUGCGCAGAUGGUCCCUUUUGACACUGUCGAGGAGGUGCGCAAAGCAAAGCGUGAAGCGGAAAGGCACCACGCAGAGGCUGCAGCACAGCGGCAGCGAUCUGCAGGCGUGGCAAACCAUUCUGUAAAACGGAGUCUCCUUCAACAAGUGAUCUCCGCUGGUUCCUCCGCGAGGUUGCCUGCCUCGACAUCGCAGAGCUCUGUCUGGUCCAGGGUGGCUGGCGCCUUCAGACUCGGCAGUCGUCCGAAAGAUGCCCUGAACUUGUCGCAAGGCUGUAAAGCCAAUUGGGUCAGCGAGACCUGUCGCGAGACGUCCAGUUUCAGCGUCUGA